AUGGCUAAGAACCCUCCUGAUGAAAGACUGGUCUACUUAGCGUUGAAGAACAUCUUCAAAGGAACUGAUGCGCAAGCACGCAACCCGAAGACAAUUCGCAAGUCCAUCCAGAAGCAUCAAACCCAUCCCGGCAUCCGGAGUCUUAUCCACGAGCACAGCAUCGAAAAUGUGUGCAAUACGGCCAAAGUUCUCCUUGAACAGCAGAUCUUCGAGUCUACACUGAAGGCCAAAAUCCGGUUUCCAGAGGUGUUCGAGGUGUCCCCAGCACAGAGCGCAGAGCGCGCAGCGUCUGAGGCUGAAGCUGCAAAGACUGAAGCGGACGCUAUCAAAGGUGCGGCUGAGGGUCAAGCCGGGCCUUCAAAUUCGGUAGAAAAGGAUACAAAGAGAAAGGGAAAGGGAAAGGAGCGGCAAAUAUCUUUCCAGGACUCAACUCCUCAAUCCCAGAGACGUUCUUUUCCACACGCGAGUAUCUCUGUUCCAUCGCUUUAUCCUGUUUACCUGCCUCUCAGGACUCAACAUCGACUCCUAGGAAAGGUACAAGGCAUUCUAGAAAACGCUUGUUUCAAUUUCGGGCAGAAGACGAUGAGAGAUGUAUUACAAGAGCAGGGAUGGGACUGUCCUGAGUCUGGCGAACUCAACCUGUGGUCCAAAGUGUUUCUAGUGCAUGAAGAUAAGUUCGCAGCGGACGAGAUGGACGAACUCGGCAAACCGUUCGAAGAACUCCUUGACUCGAUGGAACACUUGCGUCAUACUGCUGUGCAUAGGCUUCGAGUUACUGUGAACAGAAUUGAGCAGUUCAUGGUGGACUCGGAAUCUCUGGCAAGAUUGCUACAGGACGAGACCUGCGCUAAAACCCUAUCGCGACUCCGACGCGAAACUCAGCUGACCAUCGAUGAGCUGAGACGCAACAAAGAUCUUCUGGAGUCAAGGCUUGCGGAGACGCUGAAAAGAAUCGCCGCUCAGAGACUUGAGUUGGACCGCCUUGAGCAGACGGCAAUGGAGGACAUGUCGAGGGAGGACGAAGAGUAUCAAAGUUUUGCCGGCACAAACCUGGAGCAAACUAUCAUGUCGCCCGAGACGAUCGUACAGAGCGUAGCCACCACAGAAAACGAGACAGGUUCUGAAGCAGAUGUGGACGUCGAUAGCUUUGAUGAAGCUGAUGUUGGUCAUGUGAGUGAAAAAGUAUCUUGGUCUGGAGCAGCCGCAUAG